AUGAAUGAGUUGAAGUAUUUUGUCCAACAUGAAAGUGAAAUGGAUGUCGACGACUAUGAAACGCCCUUUGAAGAUGACGUGGUAAAAUGGGUUGGAUAUGAGUCUGAACGUUUUGAUGAGAGUAUGCGCAAUGAAUACAAUGGCGAGGAUGAGGAGGAGGAGGAUGAAGACGAGGAUGAAUUGAUGAAAAGGUUUGUAGGCCUUUCUAAACGCUUUGAAGACAGUGGGAGAGAAUUUUCUCGUAAUGAAAGUGAGAGCAGGGGCAGUGAAUCCAGUGGGGAGAAGGAUGAGGAAGACGAGGAGGAUGAAUUGCUGAAAAUGUUUGCAGUCCAUUCUGAACGCUUUGAAGAUAGUGGGGGAGAAUCUACUUGUCAUGAAAAUGAGUGCAGGGCCAGUGAAUCCUGUGGGAAGAAGGAUGAGGAAGACGACGAGGAUGAUUUGCUGAAAAUGUUCUAA